AUGCCGACGGCAGAGGGAAGGAGGCAGAGAGAGCAGAGCACACGCAGCCAUUCGCUCCUCAUCGCCGCUAAGGUGAAGCUUCGGUCGUUCCAAGGGGUUCUGCCUCUCACCGACAGAUUUUCAAAGACGGAGCGCUCCCAGGGAAGCUCAAAAGAAGGUGUUUCUGGGAUCAGCUCGCAGCAAGUGUCUGCUGGACCCUCCACGGGAGCCAACAAGCUGCUGCUCACUCUCGCGUCUCCGACAGAAUGCUACUUGCACAAGGCACCCAUCGUUUCCGUGACAGUCCCCGGCGCGGAAGGCGAUAUGACCGUCACCAACCACCACUCGCCUCUAGUUGCACGACUGAAGGGAGGGGAAGUCUGCGUUCGAGAAAGAGAAGGGGCUGACGCGAAGCGCUUUUUCGUUUCCGACGGGUUCCUAUUCAUCACACCGCCUCAAGAUGACAGCGGCUGCAGCCUCGCCGAAGUGCUGGGGGUGGAGAUGGUACCGACCAGCAUGCUAGACAGGGAGGCAGCAGCGCAGGAGCUGCAGCAGCUGCUGCAACAAGCAGCAGGGGCAGGAGAUCAGUGGACAAAAGCAAAGGCCCUCUUGGGGCAAGACUUGUUGGCCUCUGUCAUGCGCGCCGCUCAAUAA